AUGGCCAAAAUUUUGUUUGUAUCGUAUUUGGUAUGCAUCAGAGAGAGAGAGAGAGAGAGAGAGAGAGAGAGAGAGAGAGAGAGAGAGAGAGAGAGAGAGCGUGUCGAAAAAGAGAAACAAUAUGAGAGAAUCAACAGUGACAGACAAGCUAUCGCCGAGACUAGGAUAGCUUCAAGAAACAGGAGUUUGAUAGCUCUUGGCUUGUCUGGACAAAAGUUACUGGGAAUCCCUAUUGUUGUACAACACACUCAAGCAGAAAAAAAUCGAAUGGGUAACUCUAUGCCAAAUCUGAUGCCUAAAGGUCAAACUGGGCCAAUGAGAUUAUAUGUUGGAUCACUACAUUUUAAUAUCACUGAAGAUAUGCUGCGAGGUAUAUUUGAACCAUUUGGUAAGAUCGAAAGCAUACAGCUUAUUAUGGAUCCUGAAACUGGCCGAAGUAAAGGAUAUGGAUUUUUAACGUUUCGUAACGCUGAUGAUGCCAAAAAAGCUUUGGAACAGUUAAACGGAUUUGAAUUGGCUGGUAGGCCCAUGAAAGUGGGCAAUGUGACAGAGCGAACAGAUUUAUUGCAAAGCCCUUCAUUAUUAGAUAAUGAUGAAUUAGACCGUAGUGGAAUUGACCUUGGUGCCACAGGAAGAUUACAGUUAAUGUUUAAAUUAGCAGAAGGAACAGGACUUGAGAUUCCUGCUGCAGCUGCUAAUGCUUUAAAUAUUACUCCAGUGAUCACAAAUCCACAAACGGUAUCUCCAAGUGCUCCUCCUAUAGCUACACAAUGUUUCAUGCUUUCUAAUAUGUUUGAUCCUCAAAAUGAGUCUAAUAUAAGUUGGGUGAAAGAAAUACGAGAUGAUGUGAUAGAAGAGUGUAAUAAACAUGGAGGAGUGUUACACGUAUACGUCGACCAAGCUUCUCCUCAAGGAAACGUUUAUGUUAAAUGUCCAUCUAUUGCUACUGCUGUAGCAGCUGUCAACUCUCUGCACGGAAGAUGGUUUGCUGGUCGGGUGAUCACCGCUGCUUAUGUGCCUGUCGUUAAUUAUCAUUCACUCUUUCCUGAUGCUAUGUCAGCUACCCAACUUCUUAUUCCUAGUGCUCCUAGAAGAGGAAUUUAAUUACAUGGCUUUUUAUUAUUUUUGAUAAUACAAGAGUUGUUUUUUUACCUCAUGUCUU